CUCAACCAUUUCACUUUCUUCUAUUUGUUUUUCUUUAAAUGUUACAAAACUUAAGCUUGACAAGCAGCAAUUAGUUUAGAGAAAAGAUGGCAUGGAAUUGCAUAAUCCCAACUUGUUCAAAGGCCAAAAACAACAAGGUGGAAUCAGCAAGAGAGGUUUCAAAGAAGCCUUCUUUCCAAAGGCUAUCUUUUUCGGAUUUAAGCGAUCCAAACUCGCCCAUGCUGGCUGACGAUAUAUCGAACUCUCUCAUUGGCUCGAAUCUUCAUGUUUUUUCAUUAGCUGAGUUGAGAGACAUAACCAACAACUUCGCGUGGAGUAAUUGGCUUGGAGAGGGUGGUUUUGGCCCUGUGUACAAGGGAUUUUUCGGCGAAAAGUUUAGGCAUGGCUUGCAGCCUCAGCCUGUGGCUGUCAAGCUACUAGACUUGGAUGGCUUGCAAGGAAAUAGAGAAUGGCUGGCAGAAAUCAUCUUUCUUGGGCAGCUAAGGCAUCAUAAUCUUGUUAAGUUGAUUGGAUAUUGUUGUGAGGAAGAGCAUAGGCUUCUUGUGUAUGAUUACAUGCCAAGAGGAAGCUUAGAAGACCAGCUCUUCAGAAGGUACUCAGCCACCAUGCCAUGGUCAACUAGAAUGAAAAUUGCUCAUGGAGCAGCCAUGGGAUUAGCUUUUCUUCAUGAGACAGAUAAGCCUGUCAUCUUUAGAGAUUUCAAAACUUCAAACAUUUUAUUAGAUGCUGACUAUACACCUAAACUUUCAGACUUUGGACUAGCAAAAGAUGGUCCUGAAGGAGAAGACACACAUGUUAGCACUACACAUAUAGUAGGCACUAAGGGAUAUGCAGCCCCUGAGUACAUCAUGACCGGUCAUUUGACUACCAAGAGUGAUGUAUAUGGGUAUGGAGUAGUUCUACUAGAACUUCUAACAGGUAAAAGGUCAAUAGAUAGGAACAGGCCCAGUAGAGAGCAAAGCUUAGUAGAUUGGGCCAGGCCUUUUCUCAAGGACCCUAGAAAGCUUUACAAGAUUAUGGACCCAAAACUUGAAGGCCAGUUUUCAGCCAAGGGGGCCCAAAGGGCCUGUUCAUUGGCCUACAAGUGCUUGAGCCGCCGGCCCAACUUUCGGCCCACUAUGACAGAUGUAGUGGCUAUAUUGGAGCCUCUUCUAGAGUUGGACGAUUGGUUUUAUGUGCCUUUUGUGUACAUUGCACCACCUGAUCAUGAUGAGAAAGUUUCUUCUGUAAAGGAAGAUGUGAUUGAAAGUAAGGGUGACAAAGAUGGCAAUGAAGAUAAUGGCGGUGGUGGUGGUGGUGGCGGCGGUGGCGGUGGUGGUUGGCGGCACCGGAUUAGAUCAACCAUGUCAUUUGGGAAUUACUUGGAUGUGUCCUUGUACAAAAACAGAUUAGUUGCUUCAAACAAUUGUGUAGAAGUUUAGUAGGGCAAAAAAGGAAAGUUCAAAGAAAGAUAAGUGUAAUUUGGUUUUGAGUUAGGUUAUAUAGUAUCAAAUUUAUGGAAAAAAUUAGCACUUGAUGGAUUUAAUUAGUCAAGCUAAAGAGAAUUAUAUUGAUUGUUGACAAAAAAACCUACCUUGCUUCUAAGAAGUUUGGAAAUUUAUGAUUCUCACUAUUGAGAUUGUAGCAUAAAUGCCUUUCGAGUUUUUCACAAUUUGACAUUUCUUCAGCUUCUAAGAAGAAAAUAUUGACAAUCAAAUCUGUAAGUUUUAUAUAUAAUAACAAUUAAGUUCUUAUUGUUUA